UGCCAGGCGGAGGGGGCGUGAUUGUGGGGGGUGGCGGAGGUUCGGCCACCCCCCAAGGGGCGCAGCAAGGUAACAGUCAUAACCUGAUGUACCGUGUGGUGGGCUCACGCGGACAUCCCGGCGGUCACCAUCCGCACGUAAAAAAGUCCGACAGCUCUCAGCAAACCGAGAGCUCGGCCUUUAAGCACCAGCAGCAGCAACAGCAACAGCAGCAGCAGCAAGGUUCGAACAGUUCUAGCAACAGCUCCAACAGCCAACAAUGGAAGAAAUAUAUCGAGGCGGGUGCCGCAAGGGAGAGAGACAAGGAGGGUGCACCUCCCAGUCCUAGUCCCUCCAGAAGAUCGCAGGAUAAGCAUCGGAAGCAGGCCAUGGCCGAAUAUGCGAAUGGCGAGAAACCACAGAAAGUUUCGUCGGGUACGUCAACCAGCGGAAGUAGCAAGGUUCGCGGGGUACCGCAAAGUUUCGGCUACGUUAAAAGGCACAGUGCGGGCACUAGUCCGAGUCCCAACGGUGUUCAAAAUGGCAACAAGGACGCCACUAGGACGGCUCAAGUUAGCGCUGUGCCAAGGACCAAGGUUAAAGUAUCCGGCGGCACGCAAACGUGCACGACGGAAUUGCAAGCCAACUCUUCAGGAUCCAACCAGGGUCACCACUAUAAGAGCUAUAGUCUCACCGGUCCCAGCGCCAGUCAGCUCUCUCAAUCAGUCCGGGAUCGUCUCAUGUUGGGCUCUCAGAGUCUGCCGAAGCCAGGCAGUCCAGAAUUCACCGCUCUCUUCGCCUCCGCUCAUCAUCGCGAGAGAGGAACUGGUGUUGGACCGGCGAGUACCUCAUUUUCACCCCGAGUACUGAAACCGUCUGACGGUAGUCUCAGUGAUACGUGCAGUAAUUAUGCAGCACCUGAUCUUCAAGGCUACUACGGCACGCCCAACAGUCCUUAUACCACUUCGUGGAUGAGACAUAGCAAUACCUACACGCCUAGCGGACGAUCUCAAGGGAUGGGUUUAUGCGAGGCAGACAGCGUGGAAUCAUUAGGCUCGCAUCGCGCGAGCUUAACACAUGCCCGUCUCUUAAUGCAUCAAAGGGACUCUACAGGAUCUCCGGCACCGCCCAGGUUAAACAGGAGUAACUCCAUCAGCCAUCUGCGGGACAGGACAUUCCCAAGGUAGUGCGAUAGUAUACACUCGGCGAGCCCGGUUUUCAUGCAUAAGUAUCAAAAAACACAGAGUCGUAACACACACAUACGCACUCAAGAAUCGCUCUCACACGCACCCGCGGAUUUUUUAAGACCCAAGUUCGAUCGAAUCCUCGCAUUCGAAGAUUUUUCACAGUGUAUAUUAAUAACAAUUUUAGAAUCUAGGAACAGAGCUUUCAAAAUCUUUAAAUUUGAAAAGUUACAGAAAAACAAUUGAUUUUUGAAAUCGAAAAUCAUAAAUUUUAAAAUCUCUGAUAUUUCCAGAAUCUCUCUAUUUUAGAAUAUAAAAGUCUAGAUUCUAAAAUUUUUAGAUUUAAAAAUUAUAGAUUCUAAAAUAAUUGGACCCUCGAUUUUUUAGAUUCUUAGAUUUUGAAAUGUAGAGUAAAUUCUAAAGUUUUUAGUUUUAAAGAUCAUAAAUUCUAAGAUUUAUUGCAGCCUCGACUCCUAGAAUCUUUGGAUUCUAUGAUCUAGGAGCCUGCAUUAGAAAUAUGCAUGUUCCAAAAAUUUUGAAAUUAUAGACUUCAAAAUAUUAGAGAUCUUUCUGGAAUAACGAAGAAUCAUAAAUUCUAAAAUCUUCCACUUCUAGAAUCUUUGACUUCUUAGAUUCUGGAUUUUCCGAAGAUUACAGGACUCACUCUAUCACGCAAAUAUAAUUCACCGAGUGUUUUCCACGUGUCCUCGACAUAUUGUGCUGAUAGUUAUUCCUGUCGCAGAUUCGACGUUGCCUAUUGUGCCAAAGUACAUCUUUCAAUCGUGUUGCUUGUGUAGCUGCAUGCAUGCGCGAUGCUUCAUCAAUAUUCUAGGCCAAGAUUGAAAGCAGAAUAUAUAUCUGCUAUGUACUUAUUCAUUAUCUGCUGUAUACUUGCUCACCAUCGUUAUAUAAGAAUAUUACAUAACUUCAGAAUCAUAAUCACGUUUGAUUAAACGAACAAUAUUUGAAUAUGAAAAUAAUGAUAAAUUUAAGUCAGAAUAUCGAUUCGAUGGGAUGGAUCGAUAGCUCUCGCUCGAUUGCCGCGAAAUUGAAUGUACGCGAUGCUGCAAACCAUCUCAGGAAGUGGUUCUCGACUUCUUGUCAAGUGGAAGUAAGCUUAUCCUUUAAUUAGAGGCUUUUUCUGGGAUCGACUAAUUGCGCGCGCACUCGACUGGUAGACAAACGUAUUUCUCGUUGUCGGGGUUAACCGAAAUACUCGAAGUCCUCUUUUGCCGGCUAAAGCAACUCGCGACUGCUA